AUGCUUAUUUCAGGGAUAGCUGAUGCCCGUGGCAUUCCCCAGAUCACUUGUAUCGAUAUACAUUCUCCAACCUUUUUGGACAUGGUUUGUGAGCCUUUGGCCGACUUGGGUUGCGCCGAACACGGACUUAUACUGGUUCUCAUCAACUUUGCAACUUUGGUAUACUUUGACCCCGCGUAUCUAGUAGAUGAGGAUGGGGUGGGACCGCCCAAGUGGAUAUAUCUCACGUGGGCUGUUGGCUUAUUCCUAUACCAAACAUUUGAUGCUAUAGAUGGAAAACAAGCGCGGAGAACUGGUAUGGCAGGUCCAUUAGGAGAGAUGUUCGACCACGGAUGUGACGCGCUUAACACAACUCUGGAAGUCAUUCUUGCAUCGCGUGCCCUCAACCUCGGACGUUCCUGGUGGACCGUCGCAUCCCAAGUUGCUACGCUAGCUAAUUUCUAUCUCUCAACAUGGGAAGAGUACCACACGGGUCAACUCUUUUUGGGAUGGUUCUCUGGGCCUGUGGAGGGUAUCCUCAUGAUUGUUUCUAUAUAUACCGUCUCUGGGAUAUUUGGCGCUGCAUUCUGGGACUCUCGCCUGCUGAGCUCUACGGGAUUGGGGAAGAUACCUGUUAUAGCAGAAAGAAUACCGGAUCUUCCUCUGAAUGAAGCAUUCAUGGUGUUUGGCGCGUUUGCGCUUGCAUUCAAUAUACUGGUCAGUUAUUUCAAUGUGUUUAAGUCGCGUAUAGCAAGUCGGAAAAAUCCAUUUAUUCCAUUGCUCUUACUCCUUCCCUUCCCCGUCUCCGUGAGCAUAGAGCUAUUCUGGUUGAGCGCACCAUCCUUCAAAGAAUCGACUAUUCUUCACUCUCCACUAUUCAUGCCUUUCCUUUGUGCAUGGGGCUUGCAGUUCGCACAUCAAGUAUCACGAAUGAUUCUAGCACACGUCACGAAGCAGCCCUUCCCGUGGUGGGAUUCCAUGUGGAUAUGGAGUAUUGUGGGCGCAGUAGAUGCAAACCUUCCGCUCCUGAUUGACCAGCCAUCGCUCAUUCAGUCUUCUCGACGUAACACGGCCAUCUUCAUCUAUGUGACACUGGCCGUUUCAUUCCUCUCGUAUGCAAGAUUUUGUACGCUCGUAAUCAAGGACAUCACAAACUAUUUGGGUAUCGCCUGCUUUACCGUGCGGAAGAAAGAUCGCCAUGGGGAGUGGGUCGAUGCCUCUACGGUCAAUGCCAAAAAACACUGA